GUGGUUUUUACGACUGGUGUUUUAUGGGGAAAGAAGAUUGGUGUUGUUAUUUGUUGUUUACCAGAACACGUUUCACAUUGUUGUUAUUUAUGGCGUCGCGCUCUGAAAAGAAGCGACUUUCUCGCGUCAGAAUUCCAUUUUCAUGAAAGAAACUAUACCUUAGAAAGUGCAGUAAUGUAGUCAGUUAAGUUGUUAUUUAUUAUCAGUAACUUUUAUUGGGAAAUACUCCGUUCAAGGAAACACUUUCUGAGCAUUAUUUAUUCGGUGGCAAAUGUAUUCACAUAAUCCAUAUGGCCGAGCGGCGUCGUGUUGGGAAGGAAACUGACAAAUUUUCUCUUGGAGAAAAUCCGUUAUUUCCCCCCUUUUUGAUGACGAUUAUUAGUGACUACAUGGAGAACAAUAAAGCAUGAUUUUACGGGACGAAAUAUCAGAUCUUAUGCGUUAAAUGGGUCAUAGUUCGUACGGCGUACAAAAUUUAAUUUCUUUCCCUCGCCAUAUACUCGUUCGCAUGCGAGACUGUUCAGUCCUUGAUGUUUAAACCCUCGUAAAAUAAGAAAUACAUCUAAUUUUCUUGUUCCAGACAGAUGUAGUCUGAAGCUAGAAGCAGUCCACGACAAUCAAAGGAAAGGAAGGACGCUAUUGAGGAAGGUCUUUUGUGUUCGGUAAUCACAACCAACCAAUCCAACCAUGUCAACAGGCAGCACUGAGGACAACAACGCAGGAUCGGUUUCAUUGUCUGCUUCUAGAACAUCAAAUGCUUCAAUCAAACCUAGCAUUGCAUCUCUUAAGCAGACUAACUCCACAGCAAAAACACCGGAGAUGUGUAAUUCAAAAGGCCCAGGACAAACUAAUGGCACAAAAAAUGGAAAAGCCUGCAGAGAAACAUGUUGUUGCCCGCAUGAUGAACAUUUGCCUGGAGUAGUUUACCAACAUGUUCCAGGAACUCCAAAUGGCAUAGGAAUGGAUACUAGCAUGACAGAUCAUGUCAUCCAGGAAACUAAAGGUUCUAAGACAAAGCAGCACAAUGGUGGUGGGCAUUUUUGUUCCUCGUGCCCCCCAGGACCACAUACCCACCAUGUGUACUCACCACAGAGCUUUGUUGAACAUGGUCACUGUGGAUGUCAGCCAGGCUAUAUUGAUGGACAUCACCACUAUGCUCACCACAUACAGGGUCAAGGUGGUCGACCAGUUGCAGUAGUGGCUCAUCCCCCUCCUCUUUUACUUAGACCAAUCCAGCCUCAGCACCUUCAACAGCAUCAGGCUAUCCUAGAGCAAGAACUCAGACCAUAUUUUGAUGGCAAAUGGAAAGGUCUCGCAGAAUCUCAAGGCCCUUCAUUUGGGCGAUCAGGAAAUUCUCAAGACCCAUCAAAUCCUACCACAACUUCAGUAAGCCAAGGGUUUGUAGGAGAAGGUCAAACAAUUCAAAGGCAUCCAUUACUUGUUUACAACGUGUGUCAGUGGCCUGGUUGUGAAGCCUAUUGUGAAAGUUUCCAACAGUUUUUGCAUCACCUAGAUAAUGAUCACGCGCUGGAUGAGCGUAGUACAGCCCAGGCUAGAGUUCAGAUGCAGGUUGUUCAACACUGGGAGUCUGAGCUAAAUAAAGAAAGAGAGAGACUAAGUGCCAUGAUGAGUCACCUACAUAUGCCAAAGGCGCAAGUUAUAUCUCCUGGACCUGACGGAGAACGCGGAACAACUCAUUCCCACUCACAAAUCUCUGUACAUGCACAGCCGUCUUCCCAAGAGUCUUCUCGAUCUCCUUCGUCGUCCCCUUCGAAUGCAGCGAACGAAAAUGCAGAUACAGAGUCAUCGAUGCCCAACGAUAUUAGAGCACGAAAAAUUGUUAUAACUCCACCGCCAAACAUUAGUGUGCAUGAUAUUAGUACCACUUCCGAGGUAACAACAAUUGCAGCGAUGCCAGUGAUACACAUGCCAGCUCAAAUUCAUGAAGAUAUGAAACCUAUGAUGCGUCAUCGCCUUGAGGAGAAAAUUCCCAAAAGGCGAAGUUUGGAUCCCGAUGGAAUUUCCCUUGACAUUCAGAGGUCAGCUGACUUCUAUCAAAAAGCGGAUGUGCGUCCACCAUUUACCUACGCCUCACUGAUAAGACAGGCAAUAUUAGACUCUCCCGACCAACAACUUACUUUGAACGAGAUUUAUUCGUGGUUUACAAGAACAUUUCAGUAUUUCAGAAGAAAUGCUGCAACAUGGAAGAAUGCAGUUCGACACAAUCUGUCUCUUCAUAAAUGUUUCGUAAGAAAAGAAAACGUUAAAGGAGCUGUGUGGAUGGUCGAUGAAGACGAGUUUAUGAAGAGAAGACCGCAAUCAAAAGUCACUCAGAGUGCAGCAACCUUAAAACAAGAACGUGACCGCCUUCUCCAACUUCAAGCUCCUUCGUGUCUUGCUGGGCUUCCAACUCAAGUAAGUCUCGACGCAGUUGCAAACUCGCGUGAACAAAACAAUGAUGUAACUGACGAAGAUUCCCAGCAAGAAGAAACACGAAAGAGAACUCGCGAGGAUGACGGGGACGUUGAAUCAACUCCGAAGAGACAAGUAAUGCAAGAAGAAGAGACGGAAGGAGUUGGAGGAAUUAGGAAGUUAGUUGAAUUUUGCUCCAAAGAUAUCAACAGCCAAUUAUCCCAAUCAAAUGUUCAAGUAAAACUUGAACCACAAGAUGAAGACCAGGCGAUGGUACUUAACAGUUGUCUUGAAAAUGAAGGCCAAAAUGAUAGGGUUUCUCCAGAUGGAGAGAUUUCUAUCGAGGCACGCGUCCUGUAUGAACAGAAUGGUUCUUUUGAUGGUAGACAUGAGAUCAUAACGCCAGUGGUACAAACUUGAUUGGCUGAGAAAAAAUGUUUAUCUUGGUAGAAAAUAAAGUUCGACGCCGCGUAGAGGUAUUGAGCGUGCCACACAGGAGUCCUAGUCGUAAUCGUCCAAUCGGAAAAGUUCGUCGAUUGUAAAACGCCCGUGUGUUUGCGCAUGCGUAAGAUAUAGAUAGAUCGUAUGUUUUGAAUUUGAAAAGAUUUUUAGGGGGAUACAAAAAUAUAGGCUACUCCUAAAGGGGGUAUAAAGAAGAAGAAGAAAAAAGAGGUUCAGUAGAUGUUCAGACACACCACUGAUGUUUCCUUCACUAUCAAAUAUAAGGAAAGUCUUUAAUCAAAACUAGAUUUUAGUUUGUGUCCUUCAGAAUAUAUUAAUAAUCAUUUGAUAUACCGACUAGUAUGUACAACUGCAUGCUUGCUAAAGUUUUGUUAUAAGUGGAUAUGAUAUAUUAACUUAUUAAGAUUCAGCUGCAGCCAUUUCGAAAGAGUAARCUUACAUAGAGUGCGACAUCUAGCACUAUAUUGGGGUAAUCAACGCUGAUAAAUGAAUUGGAUUUGGUUUUGAUUAACUCUUGAAACACACCAUAGCGUACUACUCUUUAUUAUUCUGUAUUUCUUCAUAUGUUCGGUAUAUCACACGCUAUUGCACUUUGUUUCACUGGAUUAAGAAAACCACUAUGCGCAUUUUCAGUUUCUUUACUAUAUUAGUUUUAGAUGUUGGAGUCCUUGCACUUAACCCGUGAAAUAGCUUUUAGACUUCUUGUUAGUAGCCGACCUUACUAUUAUUCACGUUCAAACAGUUAAUAUUUGAAGGUUUAAGUGCAAUAACUCUGAGCAUACUAAGGAGACCGGGGACGUAUUCCGAGGUGGGUUGUAACCUGAUCGCCUUAACUUUUGCUCAGUAUUUUCAAUAUUGCUUUACACUCAGGAUCAUGGCCGCCAUAUUGGAUUCAUCCUCCGAAUGGCGGCGGUAGCUUAAAUCUCUUUAUUUCAUUAAGUUUUGGGAAUCCUAAUUACGUAUAAGAAGAAUUUGUUGUKUUUUGUUGUUUUUUUUUUGUAUAACGCCGUUAAGCAAUGACGACAGAUAAAUCAAUAUUCUGUCUCCUUUAUGAAGUUUCCAGUGUAUGUUGCCUAUUCUGGAUGCUCCCUGGCUCUAUCUUGUCUCUUAUAUCAAGUGCUUGUCGAAUGUCUAUUGAGUCAUAACUUAUCCACUAUAAAAUCGACUACAACAAUGUAGUAAUGUUAACGUAGACUGAUUAUAUUAACCCGUCGGUAAAGUGUCUAUAUAGACGUUCUUAGAUGCAAUUUUGGUUGGCUUUGACUGCAUUAAAUGCCUGUGACUUAUGACAGCAGUGUGUUUCAACCAACAUUGAGAAGUUUUGAACUUUAACAGAGUCAGGAGGAUAAAACUUAUUUUGUUAUCUGAGUUUCAUGUCUCCAUGCGGGAUAAUUUGCAUGAGACUUGUCAGUACCAGACCUCACGGUAUUAUUAUUAUUAUAAUUUUUCUUUUUUUUUUUCUCCUGUCUCCUUAAAAAAUCYAGAAUGCUUUGUAUUCCGAAUCCAAUAUGGAAUCCAGAAUCCUUGUGAAUGUUUUUAUAAAUUCCGGAAUCCAGGAGGUCGGAAUCCAAAAUCCAGGAUCGGUCCGAAUUCCAUGUCAUUUUUAUCACGUAAGGGUUAAUAUAAUCAUUCUGCUUUGAGACUAUUAAACAUAAAUAUUAUUUCCAAAGGAUUUAUGAGAGAUUAUACUAUAUCUAGAUGUGUAAUAUAGUUUUCAUCGUAGAUAGAUAGUUUUAUAGAAGAAUUGAAAUCCCAUAGUCUAUUGUUCAUGUAAAAAGUUUUGCGUCCAAUCAAAAGUUAUUAUGAUAGUAAAGUUCUUUUCAUUAUC